AUGCAACGAAAAACUUACAGAAAACGCGAGAAAGUGAUCAGAGAUAAUCAAUCGCAAAAUAAGUUGCAGGAGAUGGAAUUGGUGAAGGUUUUGGGAAAAGGUACUUACGGCUCCGUUGAACUCUUCAGCUACAAACGAAACGACGGAUCAACGUCCUACACCGCAGUGAAGAUCAUGGACUCUCAAGACUACGAUUCGAUCGACCGAGAGUUUCGGAUUCUUUCGGAACUCAAAGGCUGUCCUAGUAUCGUGCAGUUGUAUGGGAAAUCUCUGGUUCAAGGAAUCGAUUGCAAUGGAACCAAAGUUUACAAGAUGUCUAUGGAAUACGCAUCUGCUGGUACUCUAACUAAUUUCAUCGAAAGAAACAGAACAAAUUUGUCUAAUUCGGUUAUUAAAGACUUCACUCGCAUGAUCCUACAAGGGUUGGUCUCCAUUCAUAGUCACGGUUAUGUCCACUGUGAUCUUAAACCGGAUAAUCUCCUUCUUUUCCCGAUCUACGAUAAAGAAACGUGGAAUUGUUCUUACGAACUGAAGAUUUCGGAUUUUGGAUUGACGACAAGGGCCGGAGACGAAUCUGAUUGCUGGAGAAUUGAUGAACCGUGGGUGGGCACGGCUAUCUACAUGUCUCCGGAGUCUGUUCGCGAUGGCACCACCGUUAAGAAAACCUUAGAUUUGUGGUCACUUGGUUGCGUAGUGUUGGAGAUGUUUACCGGUGAGAGGGCAUGGUUAGGGUUUGACUUAGAGGGUGUUAAGUCUCUUCUCUUGGAUGAGAUGGCACCAGAGAUCCCAGAGACUGUGCCGUGUGACGCAAGGCAGUUCUUGGAGAAGUGUUUCGCAAGAAAACCUGAGGAGAGAGGAACAGCUUCGGAGUUGUUGUUGCAUCCGUUUUUGAUCGGAGAUCAUGAGAAGAUGGGUUCUUCCGCCGCCGGAGAGAGGACGGGGAUGGUGUUGAGGCUCAGAAAGCCUCCGCCGAUAUCGAAAGAUAUUCCUACGAAGCCACUGAAGUUGAAGGUUAUUUCACAAAAGCCCCAACAAUUUAAGAAAGUCUCAAAUAAACCCCGAAAGGUGAAGAUUCUUCCUCCGAGACGCCCAGUAUCAAAUUUUGUUCCUGUUCAGUAG